AUGGUUCGUGAAAUCCCAGCCCAUGUUUCUCCAUCAUUGAAAAAGAGAAGGGCUGAGGAUCUUGCAAAGUUUAUCAAGAAGAACCAAAGGACCGAGGAAGAAGAGAAAGUUCCUGAAACACAUGAAGUCCAUAUUCAAGAAGAAGUGAAGAUUAGUCCACCUGUUACUAUUUCAAAGCCUGUUGAUUCAAGACCUGUUGAACAAGGUCACAUUAUCUCUUUACCCCAGGUUACAUCAACUACUGAUUCUCCAACUUUUCAAUCUAUCAUGGAUCAACCGUUCACUACCAUUUUUUCUACUCAAUCUACUGAUCCACCGAACCCAUCAUCACCGGUUGAUGAAACCAUGGCUACUGAUGCUGGAACUCAUAACGAAGGCUUUGGAGGAACGUUUGAAGCUCUUCACUUUGAUACUUCCGAAGAAGAUUUUCCAGACUACAUGCUGAUGACAAUGAAGCCAUUCAAGAUUCUAAAUUCAAAAUUAAAUUCAAUCUUGCAAUCACAAGCAGAUGUGGGCAGUGUUGGAGUGACGAGUUUGGAGGUUGAUUCAUUGAUGAAAUUGAUGGAAGGGCGUGUAAUUUCGAAGGCUUCUAGAUUAAUUAAGGAUUCAGAAAGUAGAGUUCUUGAAAAAGUUGAUCAACAUCAUGCUUCUACUGAGAAUCGAAUUAAUUCUCAGAAUGCUGAUUUUGUACGAGAAGUGAAGGAUUUGAAGAUGGUUACGAAGGAGCGUAAUGUGCUCUUCGUACAAGAAGUUAAAAAGGUACGGGAGGAUGUUAAUCUACAAAUUAGAGAACUUUGUGAAGAAAUGCAAAAGGAAGUUCAAAUCGUACAACAGGAUUAUGCUUCGGCUAAUCAGAAAAUUGAUAUCAUCUGUGAUGCUUUCACCAGAUGUAUCAAACUUUUCUAA